AUAGUAUAAUAUUAAUUACUACUACAACAGAUAAUAAACAUUAAACAUGAACAACUACCUGGUGUUGUUUUUAGUAGUUGUUCUCACGAGCACGGAUUUGCUUUCGUGUACUCACUCUAAUAAGAAUGUCGACCAGGAGAUCGUCAUGGUCAUUGACGACGAUAAUCCAUCCACACAACAGAUGGAGCAGAUAAUUAAGGCCGUCGACAAUCGUACUAAUCAAGUUCUUCAAGCUGGGCGAUUCAAGUUGGAAGAUGGGAAGUUGUUGAAACUUUUGCGGACCACAGAUGGUAGAGAGAAUUGUUACGACGAGGACCAGCCAUGUGGGGCUUUUCACUGGUGCUGUGGUGGCUUGACAUGUGACGGGAUUGUUGACGGAAGAUGCCGGCGAGACCCGGAUGAUCAUUGUAUUGAAAUUGACCAGCCAUGUGGGGUGCGUGACCCCUGCUGUGGUCACCUACGUUGUGACGGGUUUAUUAAUGGAAUAUGCCGAGGCCCGGAUUACUGCAUACCUGUAGACAGUUCUUGCAACUCAUUCCACGGUAUCAAAUGUUGUGAUGAUGCGCUUUGUGACGCUACUAAUAUCUUACCCGGAAAUUGCAGAUCCAAGUUUUACUGCCUACCUCCAUUGAGUGCAUGCCCUCAUCCGAUUUUCCCGUCAGCAUGGUCAUGUUGUUUUGGUAGUACAUGUCUAUACAAUCAACUCACUAAAGACUUGCGGUGUAUGUAAAAUCAACGUGUCCUUGUACGUGUGUACGUAAUUAAUAAUAUAUGCAUGCAUUUACGAUGUAUGCAUUUCCUUAAUUGAAAUAAAAUUAAACAAGGUUUUAAAUA